AAAAUAUUGGGCUAAAGCCAUUUUUCACUGACUUUUUCGUGUGCGAGUAUAGUAUCUUUUUUUUUCAGAAAACAAACUUGCAGUAGGUACCUAUGUCUUUAAAAAAACGUAUAUUUUUCAAAAUAUGUCCGACUGAAACUGUAGAUGUGGAGAAUAUCAAAUUAGAUCUGAAAAAUAAUAUAAUUUACGUGAGACCUCCUGAAGAUAACAACAGGGAAUUUGGGAGGGAAAGAGUAAACUACUGGGUAUUUCCAAACGAUGGGAUAUUUAAGAAUAUUUCUCAAGAGUCAGUUUAUCAUACUGUGAAAGACGGAGUUUUGGAAAACGUAUUAAGUGGAAACAAUGCUCUUAUCAUGGUUUUCGGCCAAAAGGGAUCUGGUAAGACAUUUACAACGACUGGACUAAAUCUCACAGAAAAGGAUUUUGGAAUACUGCCACGAAUCACUGAAGAUCUUUUAAAAAUGAUAGACAUUAAGCCACCUGAAAGCAUUAAAAUCCUCAUGUACGUGUCUUAUGUCGAGUUUCAUAAUGAUUACGCCAUAGAUCUUCUGAAAGAUCGCCCAAAUAAGAUGAAUAUUCAUAUUCGUGAUCAAAUACGAAAAAUUCCUAUUACCUCUAUGUUUGACGCUCUAAAAUGCAUAUUUAUAGCUGAGGCUCGUAAAAGUUGCAUAAAAAGAAAUGGCAAAUAUUACUCAAAUUCGGCUUCCACAGUGGCAACAUUUCAAAUUAUUCAACAAAAUAUGAACUGGACCGAUCUCCCAAAAACUAGUUCUCGGUUACAUGUAGUUGACCUGGUGGGCACUGAUUGUACUGAUAACGAUAAAAAUCCUAAAGAAAGAGGACUUGCAAAUUUGAUAAAAUCAAAAUUAGAGAUGUUUCUCCUUUUACUUAGCAAUGACCAGGAAAAAAAAGCAAAGUUAAAUAAAAGAAUGACUGCUUUUAUCCAUUAUUUGGCUGAUGAUAUUUCAAAUCAAACUUGUCUCAGAUUUCUCGGUAAUAUUAAAGGAAGAAAAGAAGACCUUCCAAUUGUUUUAUCGCUGUUGAGAUUUGGAAAUAUCUUUCAAGGCCUUAAGCCUAAAAAGCAAGCUAUUGAAUUCGACAUGACUCAAAAAGCCAAAGAGGCCUGCCUUCAGAAUGAAAUUAUGGCAAUUGAGAAGGAAAAAUAUCUUAAUUCAAUAGUUGGUCGAAAAAAAUUGGACUAUCAAACAGACCUUCAAGGAAUGAAACAUUUAAAUGAUUUGGUAGACCAGUACUUAGAGUGUACUAUUGAAGAAAUGCCUUUAAUGAGUUUUAGUAACAUUAAAACUGUACUUAAUCGCUUAAAAGAUAUAUAUAAAGAUUACGUGAAAGAAUUUGAUAAGAUGAAAGCAGCUGAAAUGGCAAGAAAAAGGAGCGACACUAGUUUAAAGAAGGGUAUAUUAUCAAAAAAAAAUAUUGUGGAAGAAAUAAAAACUAAGGGAAGUAUUCAAGAGAAGGAACAGCGACAUCUCUCCAUUGUUAGUGGUUGCAGUAUUCGAAUUGUGCCGAUGUCUAAUUCAUUAAAACGAGAAAAGAUGAAAAAGCCUGCAAAGAGCCAUGUAAAACGUUCAAAAGACUCGUCAAGCAAAAAAAAAUCGAAUGCUUCUUCAGCAGGCAAAAUAAAGAAAGAGGAAAAAGUUAGACAAGACAAAAUAGAUAAAAAAGACAAAAAAUAUAAAAUGGACAAAAAAAAUAAAAAGGGAAAAAAAGAUGAAAAAGGCAAAAGAAGUAGAAAAGAUAAAAAACUUGUCUACAAAGCUUCCAAGGAAAAAACCACCUUGAGUCGUUUGUGGACAAGUUUGCCUGAUGAUGAACAGGAAAUUUGGAAUAAGUUUUCACUUUCCCCUUUUUGCAAGGAUGGCAUUAUUAACUUAUACCAGUUGAACGAAAUGGACGUUAAAACGAGUCUUCAUGAUUAUUUUAAAGCAGAACAAAUGCGAAUGGAACAGACUGUCGAAAAAUCCUGCGACGCUAAUGAAUUUGAUAAACAAGGCAAUUCCACAUCACCAAUUAUAAAACCACUGAACGGAGAUAAUUUUGAUGAAGCUCAAGAAACUGUUUUGAUGCUAAGGGAACGUUCACUAACAGCCUAUGCAGUGUUGAAAAUUUAUUUAAGAAAUCGAGAUGACAUCGCCAAAACGAUUCAAACGAAAUUUGACAACUUUUGUUUUGAAAAUUAUCGAGCACGAAGCCCAGACGUUAAAGCUGUUGAAGAUCGCUUAGCCGAAUUUACCGUUGAUAUCAAUGAAGAACAAGCAUACCUGGAGUGUAAUGGAUUAGUAGAAGUCCCAGAAGCAACAGAAACAACGAUCAUGAUCCGCAACCUACAAAGACUGAUGAGAUAUGAACGUGCAAAAAGACGAAAAUUAUUGGCGGAAAUGGAUCGUGAAUGGAAACAGUUUUAAUGCAACUAUUUUACAUUAUUUAUAUGGCAUUUUAUUUGUUUACAAAAAAUAUAUUUACCAA